AUGCCGUAUAUAGUAGUUCGACAGUUCAUGACCAUCAGUAAUGGUGCUGAGGGGUCUGGUGAUGGUGCUCAAAACUGCACUGUCUCCGUCAUAGACUUCGCAACUCCACCAUCCCCGAAGCCACCGAAUGCGAGCAACUCGGAUGCGGACCCCACUCCGCCGUCCGCAUCCUCCGAUGCUGGGCGGGCCGGACCGCACCGGAUCCCGGAUCUGUUGGUGGAUCGUGUCAUUGAACGCGCGGAGGAGUCCACAUCCACCAGGACAAACCCUAGCAGAUCGCAUUUUGUCAAAGGAAACGGCGUCUUCGUGUACUUCGAACGCGUCCAUCCGCGCUUCCCCUUCUUGGACCGCGCGGCUUUUGAAGCCACGGCAGCUGCUCAGGGCCAACCCAACACCAUACCCAGGAGCAAAUCAUGGACUUCGUUAUAUUACACAGUCCUCGCACUCGGAAGCCAGUACGAUGGGGGAGGCAGUUACGAGCCAGGGAGGGGAGAGUCGUGGGAACUAUUCUCGGCCGCUCUGGCCCACUUCACUGAUCUGAUGCUUCUCCCAGACUCUCUCACCACACUGCAGGCUCUCACAGCCAUGACAAUAUACUCUCUGGGGAUGUCUUCGAUAGGACUCGAUCACAUUAUUAUAUCAGAGGCGGUGAGAAGAGCGCAGAACCUGGCGGAAGCGAGGUUCAGCAACUAUGCAACGCAGGCGUAUAGAAAGACUUUCUGGGUCCUAUAUGGUCUAGAAAAGGUCACCAGCUUUCAUCAUGGUCGGAGCUCGGGCUUCAGCGACUGCGAUAUUUCCUGUCCUAUCCCCAGCACGCCCGAAUCCUACUUUGGAGACUUCAACUGGUUUGUGGCCUUCAUUCGCUACGCUCGCCUCCUGUCUCGAGCAUAUACCUCACUAUUCUCGGUUGGGGUCUCGGACAAUGCAGACGAAUACUUUCUGGACAUUGUGGACCAGUUGACCGAGGAAAUCGAAGACUGGAGGGCUGCUUUGCCAGAUAAUGGCUUUAGGCCAGGGGGUUCAAUCAAGCCUGCUGCCUUGCCCGUUUCCUCCGAGACGCAGGCAGUAGCUCUUGUCAUGCACUUCUUCUACAACAGCUUUCUUCAGAUCAUCUCGAGGAUGGCCCUUCGUCACCUGUCACCAUCAAACCAUGAUAGGAGAGAAACUGUCUUCAAGACGGUGGAGAAGACUUCUCGAUGUCUUCUAGAACUCACGUCGCUUAUUGAGGUGGCACCUUAUACACCCAUGUGGAUGCUUGUAGGUAUUCCUAUCACGGGCUUCUUCGUUCUAUUCGACCUUGUCAUCCACAACCCUAAAGGGCAGCAGGUUGCAUCCAACCUCGCUUUGCUCGACAUGGUCGUUGGUCACGCCGGCCAGCUGGAGUAUGUGUCCCAGGGUGUCAUUCCGGGCUCGAUAAUUGGCGAGUUCGCACACAUCGCAAGAACGUAUGUUGGCGAUGUCAACGGCCAGAGCAUAGCCGGCGGCGCAACACAGCAGCCGCUUCCAGACACCGGACAGACGCUGUUUUCUCAACCUCACUGGUCUCUGCCGCAUGAUGAUAUUGAGGAAUUCGCAGCCAUGGAUGUCGCUGCUGAUCUCUCGGAGAUGAAUCUGGCUGUUGGAUCAGGGCCACCUGGGGUGGGAGGUCCCAUGGACAUUGAGGGGCUCCCCAUGGGACCCAAUACCUUCAUGGGAACUGACGUAAUGAACCUCUUUGGGUACUUUGUGCCCGACUGGGAACCCUUGGUUUACCCAGGACAGACAAGCCAACACGACAUUCCCGCUUCAACCUAUCCAGAUGACCAUCUUGAUGCGCAUCAGCCUUGA